CUGUAUCCUUUUUUUUAUUGUUGAAUCCAGGAACAUGCAUAACAGUACAUAAUUAUAAAAUACUAAAUCAAUAAGUGACAUUGACAAAAGAUACAGUACAAUAUGGAACAAUGGAAAUAAGAUAAGAGAAAUAAAAAUGAGAAAACAAACGAUAAAUUACAAGGAUUAAUUUAAAUUUACUUUUACGAAGAACUUAAAAGCAGAGCAUAUUUUGAGUUUUUAAAGCUUCUCAUUAGUCCCUGAAAUCAACUUCUUGUAAUUUUCCGUAACGUUAUCUUGUUUAAUGAAGACCACAAAGGCAGGUUUACUUUUUAGCUGUAGCUCUUCUUGCCUUUUUUAACUUCCCAGGUUCUGCAGGUUGCAAUGUUUCAAUCUUAUAUCUUCUAGACUUUACUCUGUCCAUCCGACGAGAUUUUGCGCUACUUCCGGCCGUACGGAGCUGUAUGUUGUUCGAAGCUUCAUGGAGCUUUUGGAUCCACCAAGCGCCCCCAUGUGGCAAACGGCUUUAUGGCCUGUAAUUAGCGGUCAUGAAGUAGUAACGCAUGCAGCUAGUCUGGGGUAGGAGUGGAUCACUAUUUGGCACUUCAGUGUGUAUGAGACAGUGCUCGCCUAUCUGUACCAGGCAGGAAAACGGGAGAGGGCUUCGGUGGAGACUUCAAGCAUCGGGGCGGCUCAUUCUUCAGCUUUUCCACCUCCUGGCUCCGGCGACAGCUCGAACGCUCUGAUGGAGGCGGAAAGAUCCGGAGGGAUGGCGGGCGGGACGAGUCAGAGCCCCGCGGGAAGUGGAACUGGGCGCAAUCCUAACGGGCCGAAGGCUGUGCUCGGUCCCGCUCCCUCCGCAGUAGCAGCCGCCGCGGCCGGGCCAAUGGCCGGAUCCUCCCAGUCGCGAGAUCAGCAGGACGGGGACGCAGGCCUCUCGCUGCCCGGGAUCUUACAUUUCAUCCAAUAUGAAUGGAGCCGCUUUCAAGCUGAGAAAUACCGCUGGGAGGCCGAGCGAGACGAGCUGAGGGCUCAGGUGGCAUUUCUGCAGGGUGAAAGGAAAGGUCAGGAGAACAUGAAGCAGGAUCUGGUGCGGAGAAUUAAGAUGCUGGAAUACGCACUCAAACAGGAGAGGGCCAAACACCAGAAGCUGAAAAGUGGCACUGACCAGAGUCCUGGAGAGAAGAAACCAGAGACAGAAGCUGAACCAAUACCCAAUGGGCCUGCAAAUUCAGACUCUGAACCGACCAAUCAGAUGCCUUGGAAGGAGGGACGCCAGUUAUUGCGCAAGUAUCUGGAGGAGGUGGGAUACUCCGACACUAUUCUGGACAUGCGAUCCAAACGCGUUCGCUCUCUGUUGGGUCGAAACAGCCCGGAGGCGAAUGGGCCUCCUUCCAGCGAACCCACCACAGAACCAGAGCCGCAUGUAGGAGUAGGAGGAGGAGGAGAGUCACUGCUGGUGCGGCAGAUUGAGGAGCAGAUCAAACGGCGUGCUGGAAAAGAGAGCUCUAAAGAGCGGAUGGGCAGCUCAGUCCUGGACAAAAUCCCUUUCCUGCGUGGAUGUGAGGACGAUGACGAGGAUGACAGUGAUGAAGAGGAAGACUUCCAGGGCAUGACCACAGACUGCAUUGAUGGACGUAAAAACAAGAAGUCCAGAGCCAAGAUGGGCGGAGAACCCAUGACCACUGACCUGGACCCAGAGGAUGAGGAUGAUGAAGAUGACUCUGAGGACGCCCUGGGAGAGUUUGACUUCUUGGCCUCUGGAGAAGAAGGGGAAGGGGCUGGAGAAGCUCGCAUAUCUGGAGACGGUCGAGAAUUAGGUUCAGAGAACCGCCGGAACAAGUUACAAGGCAUUAUGUCAGAUUUUCCCCCCAAACCCACUCCACCUCCGUCUAUCCCGGGCCAGGCUCGCUCCGGUGAGGGAGGUGCUCUGGGCUUUUCAUCCGAUGUCUUCAUUCUGGAUGCAGUCGGAGGAGGAGACAUGAACCUCGGAGAGCUGGCUGACCUCACUGUUGCCAACGACAACGACCUCACCAUUGACUUGCAGGACAGUCGAGAAGAGUUCAAGAAAACGUGGAACCCUCGCUUCACACUGCGAAGCCACUUUGACGCCAUCCGAGCGCUGUCCUUUCACCCCAGUCAGGCCGUGCUGCUGUCUGCAUCUGAGGAUGGGACGCUCAAACUGUGGAACCUCAACAAGGCCAUGCACUCAAAAAAAAAUGCAGCGCUGGACGUUGAGCCUAUUUAUACUUUCCGAGCACACAGUGGUGCUGUUCUUUCUCUGGCUAUGGGAGAGGAAGGAGAAUCAUGCUUCAGCGGGGGUCUGGAUGGCACCAUUCGUGGAUGGAAAAUCCCAGACCUCAACGUGGAUCCUUACGACAACUAUGAUCCUGGUGUGGAGAGUAGUGUUUUGUCAGGCCACGAGGACGCUGUCUGGGGAUUGGCCUUCUCCUCCAGCCUACAGCGUUUGGCCUCCUGCUCCGCCGAUGGGACAGUGCGCAUCUGGGACCCUCAUAAUUCUUCCCCGUGUGUUUCUGUCUUCAACAAGGAGAAAGAACAUGGCACUCCCACCUCGGUUGCCUUUGUAAAUGCAGACCCGUCCCAGGUCGUGGUGUCUUUCGAUGGGGGCGAGACUCUGCUUUAUGACCUUAACACAGAGCAAAGUAUCAUGGUCCUGGAGACUCAGACUAAAGAUGGCAGCGAGCUGAUUAACCGUGUGGUCAGUCAUCCGUCCCAACCCAUCUCCAUUACAGCCCAUGAGAACCGCACCAUCCGCUUCCUGGACAACAACACAGGGAAAGUGAUUCAUUCAAUGGUGGCUCACCUGGAUGCUGUUACCUGUCUUGCCACAGACCCUAAAGGCACUUACCUCAUCUCCGGCAGUCAUGACUGCUCAGUGCGCUUGUGGAUGCUGGACAAUCGCACGUGUGUGCAGGAGAUCACAGCGCACAGGAAAAAACAUGAUGAGGCCAUUCAUGACGUGGCCUUCCACCCGUCGCAGCCCUUCAUCGCCAGCGCCGGGGCCGAUGCUCUCGCCAAGAUCUUUGUUUAACUUUCUCACCGGGGAUCCACCCUCACUACUGGGCCAAAAGAGUGAAACGCCGAACACACACAUACAUAAACACUCAUACACAAACUUACUCAAAACGGGAACAAUGUCCUACACAUCACUGCCUGUGUAAAAGGCACACAACAUUUCCAUCGUUCAUUUAUGCCUCACAAGUUGUGAUACAAACUCUACCGCUUUUAUUACUAAUGAGUUUGCUGCUCUGGUCCUGAUUUCAGUUUUACUUUAACACUACUAAUAAUCUGCACAAUGUGUUGUGAGAGAUGUCCAAUCUGUUGACGGAUGGACGCACUCAAACGCACACCUUAACACAACACAACACACAUACACACAGACCCUGGAUUUUAAUUUCAUGCUCGGUUUAGGUUGAGGAUCUGAAGGCUCUCGGUAAACAAGCCAUUACCCAAGCCUGCACAUUUUCUCAAUGUAAAUUGCAUUAGUGCUAAUCUGUGAAUUAAUGUCCUCGCGUAACUGUUGCCUGGUAACGUGAGGUCAUCGAUGCAUUUCAUUCCAAAGACUGCUUUAGAUGAGUUCGUUUUGGUUGCGUUUUAGCUGCAAAGUACAAACACAGCUUUACCUUUAGCCUCACAGCUAAGAGCCUUAGCAUUUCAGCCUUUCAUAAUCACCUUCUCCAUGAAUUUUAUUCAAGUACAUCUUGAACUAAAACCAAACACGUGUAUCUGCGUGUGGGACUGUGCCAGCACAAGCCUUUCACACUCACCCACUUCUUCAUUCAUAUCCAAUCGUGUGGCGUUUUUAUCCGUAAUAGUCAGGUGACUGUUGAGUAGUGUAUUUAUUGUAGUGUUCGAUAUCGGGCGGAGGACUUCUUGGGAAGAUCUGCAGUUGGACGCAAAACUCAUUUCUGUAUAUAAGCAGGAUGCGCUGUACAUAGCACACUUGUUUCACAACCUUGGUGCUAAGAUUUCCUCUGAAUCAGGGACCGUAAAAGUAUCAAAUCUCGCCUUUCCCUUCGAGUUAUCAUGUACGGUUCUUUGGCUUUUCAGAAAUACAGCCAGUGGGGUUGGGAGUUUUCGAGUACAUCUGGUGUGCCGAAGUGGCUUUUAAGGUUUUGUCAGGGUAUUUUUAAGAUGAUGAUCUCCGUAUCCACACUAGAUGAUGUUUAGUUUAUGAUUGUUGCCAGAAGAUUGAAACAAACUACAGUGUUUCACUACAGUUUAUAAUGUCAAUUUAUGAGUUUUUGGACCUCCAUGAUCAUGACCUUGUUAAUUUUUUCUGAAAAGUGGUGCACAAAAGUUGAUUUUAGGUGAUGUAAACUGGUACCCCAGUUGUCAGAUAAGUGACUGGGAGAUCAAGUCUAGGUAGAUGACAUUGUUUUAAAAAAGUCCACCUAAUGGGUCUUGAACCCUUAGUCAAAGCUUACCAGGAUGAUUUACCAAGUGGUCAAAGUCUAGUACUGAAGCAUUAAAAUAAAGGAAUUUUAAAAAAAUUCCAAUUGAUCGUUUUUGAACCCUUAAGUUAAGGCAAAGAAAGAAGGUGUUUCAGAGUAGCUAAGACCAACACUUAUAAGGGCUCUUUUAUUGGAAAUAAAGUGGACCAUCUUGAUUUUUGUUGACUAAGCAAGGAUUCAAGAAGUCAAGAAUGAGACCUGAAUCAGAUUUUAACAUACCUUAGUUGGAGCAAUGCUGUUCCCGAGCUUUGGGGAUGGAAGGUCACAUCAUGUAGUUGCCAGUUUCCACUUUGAAGUGUUUAUUUUUUUCAAUUCUUUACUGUUUUUUACUAGAGUUCUUGUCCCCCAUUAGUCAAGGCAAAGGAAGUAUGUAUCACACUCAUAAGGACCAACUUGAUUUUUGUUGACUAAGCAAGGAAUAAAGAAUUUGAGCUAAAGAAUGAGACUUUAAUCGGAUAUUUUAGAUUUCUUAGUUGGAGGAUUCCUUCUUUUGUGCUUUGGGGAUCGUAGGUCAAACUUGUAGUAGCCAGUUUCCACUUCAAAGUGUUUAUCCAUUACUGGUUUCCACCUGAUAGGUCUUAAACCCUUAGUUAAGGCAAAGAAUGAAGGUGUUUCAGGGUAAACUAGCCUAGAGCAACACUCUUAAGGGCUUUUUUAAUGGAAAUAAAAGUGUGCCACCUUGAUUUCUGUUCACCAACCAUGAAUCAAAAAUGUGAAAUGAAGAGUCAGACUUUGAUCUGAUCUAUUAGAGACCUUAGUUGGAGAUUUCCUUCUGUGUUUUGGGGAUUGAAGAUCACAUCUUGUAGUAGCCAGUUUUCACUUCAAAGUGUUUAUCCAUUACUUGUUUCCACCUGAUAGGUCCUAAACCCUUGGUUAGGGCAAAGGAAGAAGGUAUUUUGGGGUAAAAUAGCUUAACGCAACACUAUUAAUGGCUCUUUUAAUGGAAAUAAAAGUGUGCCACCUUGAUUUUUGUUCAUCAAGCAUAUAUCAAGAAUGUGAGAUGAAAAGUCAGACUUUAACCUGGUCUUUUAGAUACCUUAGUUGGAAGAUUCCUGCUUCCAAGCUUGGGGGAUGGAAGGUCACAUCUUCUACUAGCCACUUUCCACUUGGAGGUGUGUAUUUUUAUCCUUUACUGGUUUUCCGUGGUCAUAGAUGAGUGCCCAGAAGGCAAGUCCGAAGUGACAGAAAGAAUGAUGGGCCAUAAAGAGCACCCUAGCGUAAUGGAGUCGUGUCAGUCCAUCCAUCCAGCUUGGAAAUUAAGCUUUCCUAUGUAGAGGAAUUGUCCUCGGCAAGAAAAGCAGACUAAAUUUUUGAGUUUACAAGCGUAGGGAAGUUUAUGGAUUGAUUGUGUUAAUGGGCAAGGUUAUGUUGUGUCUCUUGUAAAAUGUCGAGACCACCAAUUCAUUUUGGGGUUAUUCUCCAAAUCAACGAAUGUCACGUACCACAGACUUAUGUUCAGUGGAAUCUCAUACUUCUUUGCUGCUUACCUCUUUUCCUAAAAAUUUCACACUGCACACUAACGGUUAACUUUAUGCUACACUACAUGCGUAGCGUAAGACGAACGGUUCAGUUCAUCCAUGUAUUGCUGCACCAUUAAUUUCUCUUCCAAAGACUGCUGAUUGCAUGGGUGUUUAGACGAGUCCUGCUGUCUUUUUUGUACACCUCUUUUCCUGCACCCCUUGAUGCAAUACGAGUCUUGAAAUUAAAACAACAAAACACAUUCCUUACCGAGAGAGGAUGAAUCUGUGUAAAGAAAAAUACAAAUAAAAUACAAAGGAAAGGAACCGGAAAUGUUUAUAAUUAACAGGCUGCCAAUGCAAAAUGUAAGUUUCCCAUUUUCUCACUUAUUUGCUUUUUUACUAGACAUAUUAUCAUUAUAAUUACUAGUAAUAAGGUGUAAGACAACAGUAGUACCUUUUUUGCUAGGCUUAAGACUUGCUUGUGAUUGUGUAAAAGCCUAAAAAUGAAAAUUGUAUGAAAAUGUAAGAAAAAAAGAAAAAGUUUCAGUCCACAGCCAAGGUAAAAGGACUUUUUGUUAUGUGUUUUUAUUUUUUAAUAGCAAUUUAUCACUGUGUGAUAUUUUGUACAUCAUAUUAAGCUGUAUUCAAUCUAUAUCCUCUAACUACAAGGGAUAAAAAAGACCAGCCUUUUAUUUAUUUUGUUUUAUUAUACAUAUUUUUGAACUGCUUUUAGCUUGUAUCGAACUACAUAUUUUCCUUGUUACUGUUGAUUUCUUUGUUUUUUUAUUUUAUUUUUUUGCUUUGCAGGUUUUGUGUUGUAUGUCAAAAACAUCCAAAACAACUUAAUAAAAACAUGAUUUUGUACAGAGA